AGCAACAAGAUGUCUCUCGUAUAAUGCAUACAAAGAUAUAACAAUUUAUACUGCCACCGAAAACAAUUCGCAAAGAAUGUGGCUUCGAUCGUCAUUGGAAAGAUGUCAUCUAAGAAGUCGUAAAGUUUUUAUACCGGAUAUGAUCAUGCACAGUCCAUUUCUGUGAGAUUCGCCGAAACUUUAAACAAAGAAUUAAGCAGAGUGAUUUACAGCCGAAAUGCAGAAAAAGGACUUAAAUACGUUCCGCACCAGUACGACGCGUAUAAAGCCUUUCGAGGAGAUCUUGAUUAAGGAACGUUUGGGAACGUCAAGACCAAAUGAACCGCUUCAAGCAGUUGUUGAAAAUCAACUCAGCGAAACUGCAUUAGAAGAGCAAAACAAUAGCGUUUUAGAACGAAACAGAGCAUUACUUCAAUACACCGCCACCAUCGCUGAUUCCAAUAGCACUAAAGAUGAGUUCAAUUACGAGUUCGUUGAAGCGCUUGUAAAAGGGGGAGCUAAUAUAAAUACCGCAGAUCAAAAUGAACAGACAAUUUUUCACGAAGUGGCUCGCUCGUGGAAUACAGACGUUGCACGUUUUCUUAUAGACCUCGGUUGUGAUAUUAACAAGAAAGACCGUUUUGGACGCACUCCUUUACACGUGUCCGCCGCAGUCGAUUUCGUCGAAAUGACAGAGUUUCUUUUGGUAAACAAUGCAGACAUUAAUUCGAAGACGCACGGUGAACUCCAGGUCCCGCUCCAUUAUGCCGCAAAAAAUGGCGCCACUCGGUCACUAAAAAUGUUGUUGAGUUUCCAUGCGAAUAUCGAUGCACUUGACGCCAAGAAACGCACACCACUUCAGGUUUCUGCAGAAUGGAGUCGAGGGAAAGUUGCAAAAAUCUUGAUCGAUGAAGGAGCAUCAAGUUGCUUACUGGAUAUCACCGGUAACUCUGCUCUCUGCGUUCUAAUUGAUCGUCUGCCAAAUCUUGCAGUCGAAGCGCUGAAUCAACUGCACAGCUAUGACGUCAUAACGAUGCGUGAAUCCUAUUAUCUACAGUAUCUCGAAGCUUCACGGGAAAAAUAUGCGACGAAGAAAACAAGGACCGCGCUUGAAACGGCCGUAGCAAAUCGGAAAUACGAAGUGAUAACACAUCCGGUUAUGCAAAGAUUAGUUCGGAAAAAAUGGAAGCAGUUUGGUUGGAUGUCGACUGCAUUUGAUUUGGGUUUUCACGUUAUUUUUGGCAUCGUGUGGACCGUGUUCGCACUAGGUACGCCCGAACAGGGAGAAGAUUUCUACAGUAAAUUUUCGGAUCGGGCAUGGAAAAUCACAAUUGGUGUUGUCAUAAUUCUCAUGACUCUUUUUGAUAUUGGGAAACAGAUUCAAGCCACACUCAAAUCUCGGAGAUCCCAAAGAGACUGGGUCAGGUGGAAAAUCGAACAACUUGAAUACGACUUGAAGUUCUGCCAUCCGAGGUGGCCGCAGGAAGAAAAAUUCGUGAAGCACGAAAUAAAGAGGGUGCGCUCACUACCUCUGUUUGACGCCUACGAUGCAUGGUUCUACAUGGAUUGGGUUAUUCUGUUUUUGAUUCUUGCCACUAUCGGCACACAUUUCGUGUUGGUGUACCGGAGAACAGACGCCACGCGUUACCUCUAUACCCGGACCAUUAGCAUCGUGAAUCUCCUCGUGUGGCUGCGUCUGUUGAAGUUCGUGCGUCCAUUUAGUGGCAUCGGCACCUUGGUUUUGAUUUUAUCCGAGACUUUGGGGGAUUUUCUUAACUGGGCGUUCUUGUUCUUUCUCAUUAUGGUGCCCUUUGCAGCUUCGUUCUGGAUAAAUUUCGGUGCGAUCUCUACACAAUCUGCACGCGGGUACCAUACAACUGGAGAACUACUCUAUCGUGUUUUCCAAAUGGCUGUGGGUGAUGAUUUCAACUUGGAGAGUAUGGUCGAAAAGGACGCAGUAAUGGCGAGAAUACUUGUUGUACUUUACGUUACCGCGAUGACAAUUGUCACGUUGAAUUUACUCAUUGCGCUCCUUAGCGAGACCUUUACUCGAGUGUAUAACAACGCUGUCGCAAACACGAUUAUGCAAAGGGCCAUCAAAAUAGUCGAAUCGGAACGUAUCCUUCGAAAGCGACAGAAAUUACGCUACAGGGAGUACAUGAGGUUAAACUGCAGUCCUGAAGUUAUCAAAAUUCUGCCUGUGUCGUGGAAUGAAGGCAGGGCGAGGAAGGCAACCGAGCAGGAAAUUUGCGAAAAUCUUGUGGACUUGAAGAAUAUUCUGGAUGACCGUUUUGGUAAAAUAUAUGGCAAGGACAAGUCGUCCGAUUUUGAUUCCCUUGUAGCUGAUCUUAAAAAUGUUUGCGAACAUCAAAACGAUAUGACGAAUGAGUUAGAAGAGAUUCGCAAGAUGCUGGAUCUUCAUUCCUCCGGUAAAGGCAAAUCGCCCCGCCACAUCAGCAUAAAGGCUCCACGUUCAAGGGAUAAACGUGGUUCCCGUUCACGUGGCAGUUCACCUCCAAAAGAACAACCGAAAGGUCUUGUGUCUGCCAUCCAAGACCUUUUCCCAACCUGGUUAACCGGAAGUGUAAAAGAAAGUUCAUCGAGAGGUAAUGGACGGAAACACCGUCCAAAAGCUGCAUCGCAGACAACUGAUGGAGGGAGAGGAGAGAAGAGAAGGCGACGACGACGACGACCAAGACAAAGUUCUGAUGUGGCGGCAGCAAACAUAAGGCGAGGGGAGGGUGAGUCGCGGGAAAAUGAUUUGAGAAGAAGGGGUAGACGAAAUACUCGGGGAAAAAAGAAGUCUGUCGUUGAAGGUUAUCCUAAUCCAGGUUACGAUGGGGAGCUUGCAUGGGAUACAGUCAGUAUUGAUAGCGCAUCUUUGUAAAGCUAUUCAAUAAUGACUGAAUUUAUAUGUAUUAGAAAAUGUAUUUUAGCUUUACGUCAUAACAGCAACAAUAUUCGGAUGAAAACAAGGCAGUGCAACGAAAUAAUUUCCUUACUUUUCAUUUUGUUCACAAUAUGGAAGCAACAUUAUUAUUAUUUAUAAUUAUUAGUCUUUCAGGUUAUCUG